CACUCUCAGUUGGAACCGCGCGCCAAACGGUUCUCUAUCAUUCUGCUGUGAGCGCCAAGUUGCGCUUUAAGCUAUUCUAUUGCUGCUGCGAAAAGGAGUGAAAACAUACAAAAAUAGGCGUAUACAUACACACAACAAAUUCACAGUGCGCCCAAAGAAAAUUUAAGAUAAAAAUGUACACAAACCUAAUGAAAAGUUUUAAUAUGUGGCUGCCAUUGCUGCUGCUGUUGUUGAUUGGCGCAACGACGCAUGCCAAUGGCAACAAUAUACCCGCAUUGACGACGCCGACGGGUGUAUUCGAGACGCGGACCGAUAAGGUGCCAGCCAGCGCGACGGCACCAACAAUGCCGCAGGCUGCAUCCUAUGAUGACCUCGACACAUUUGUGCCGUUUCGCAGUGAUUCGCAUGACAAUUUCUCGUGGCAGCUGUUGAAGACGGUGCUGCUUAACGAUACGGAGCAACAGAAUAAUGUCAUAAUAUCGCCGUUUUCCGUUAAAUUGGUGUUAGCGCUGCUCUCGGAGGCCGCUGGCACCAAUACACAGACACAGCAAGAGCUGAUAAGCACACAGACAGACAUCAGAUCGGCGAACAAUGUGCGUGAGUUCUAUCGCAAGACGCUCAACUCGUUCAAGAAGGAGAACCAGCUGUACAACACACUGAAUGUGCGCACCAAGCUCUUCACCGACAGCUUCAUCGAGACGCAGCAAAAGUUUACGGCCACACUGAAGCAUUUCUAUGACAGCGAAAUCGAGGCUCUGGACUUUGGCAAUGCGCCAGCGGCGGCCCAUGUCAUCAACGAAUGGGCAAAUAAUGUGACAAAUGGACGAUUGCGCAAUCUGGUCACACCAGAGACAAUCCAGCACAGUGUCAUGCUGUUGACCAACUUGAUCUACUUUAAGGGCUUGUGGCGCCGCCAAUUCUACAAUACAUACGAGGGCGCCUUUUUCCGCACCAAAGAUGCCCAGACGCGUGUUCAGUAUAUGGAGCAAACCGACUAUUUCUACUACCACAACUCGGACAAGAUGAAGGCACAGAUACUGCGUCUGCCGUACAAGGGCAAGAACUCAAUGUUUGUGCUCCUGCCACAUGCCAUGGACGGAAUUUAUGACCUGCUGCAGGCGCUGGAGAAUCACGAAGUCAAGAGCGCCCAAUGGGCUAUGGAAGAGCUGAAGGUCAAGGUGACGCUGCCCAAAUUCCAUUUCGACUACAAGCGCAGCUUCAAGGAUACGCUCCAGCAGCUGGGCGUACGUGAGAUAUUCGAGGACAGCGCCUCGCUGCCGGGUCUAACGCGCGGCGCCGACGUUGCCGGCAAGGUGAAGGUAUCGAAUAUAUUGCAAAAGGCCGGCAUCGAUGUCAACGAGCAGGGCACCGAGGCAUAUGCCGCCACCGUCGUCGAGAUCGAGAACAAGUUUGGCGGCUCCCAGACCAUCGUCGAGUUCAAUGUGAACCGCCCGUUUGUCUUCUUCAUCGAGGAGGAGGCCACCGGCAACAUUCUGUUCGCCGGCAAGGUGCAUCAGCCCUGCUAAGACGCUUGACAAUAGAUAUGAUUAUUUGAUUCUAGACUAACACAGUUAAUAAACAAAAACUAUGAUAUACGA